AUGCCGCCGAAGAAAGCGCGCAGGCAAUCUGCUGCCGAGAAGUGGCAAUCCUUCACUUCCAGCGUCCUGCCUCGCCCCACAGGCCGACCACGUAAAGAUGGCGCUGGCAACGUUUCGCUCAGCUCGACCGUCGGCGCACCCACCCCGGCCAGAUCGAGAAAAGCAGCCGACGACUCGCUCGCAUCCACACUGGCAACCUCUACACCUGCUGCUGUACCAACACAACGCGGCAGACCACGUAAACACGCGCUCACAACGCCCGGAUCACGUGCACUCACUUCAGCGGAUACCACCACCAUCGCUUCUACAUCCUACAGUGUUGUUGCACCAGCUGCUCGGCCACAGGGUCGUCUAUCAAAAUCAAAGCUGUCUGCUCCGCAGAGUCGCGCCAAUGUGUCGUCUUCCAAUAGUGCAUCCUUUUCUGACCAGUACAAGAGGCGCGGUCGUCCACCGAAGAACGCUUCGGAUGCAUCGACUUCAGUCUCGCAAUCCAUGCCUAAGCGUCGUGGUCGACCCUCUGAAAGCGUAAACAAGCUCACGUCGACCCAGAUCGGACUGCCGAGGAGCCAAUCUUCCAAAGCACCGCGAUACGUGAGGCCCGAAGUGGAGCAAGCAUCAGGCUCGGAAGUCUCGCUCAUCGACGGUGCCUCUGACGAAGACGAUGAUGCAUCCGAAGUGGAUCACGAUCAAUCUGGCGAAGAAGAGGAAGCUCUGUCGUCGGAAGACGAGGCCAGACAGGCGUCAACAACGCGAAAGAAAUCGAAACGCAAAGGCUGGCCUAGCGAGAUCGAGAGGCUGCGAAAAGGGCGUAGGCUGAGCGUCGAAGAGCGAGAAUGCGUCACUUCGGAAGGCGGGCUGAUCUGGAGGACUGCCAUCCCGCUGCUCAACUCGAUGCCCAAGAACAUCCGAUCCAUGGUCGCCGACAGUCUGACGCGCGCACUCAACCGAAUCGAUGGUAAGCUCGAAUCUGGACUCGUGCCCCCGCUGGCACGUAUUCCCCAGGGCACCACUGCUGCGUCGGCAACACGUCGUGAUUUAGCCAGCAGCAUGCUCUCCUGGCGCCUGGAGGAGGAAGCUUCGCUUUUGCGCGCUGAGAAUCCGGCUCAACCGGUCGACGUGAUGGAAUUGGGUCUCAACGGUGAUAUCCUCGAGCUAGAACAGAUGCUCCUCCCUGAAGCAGAACACAUUGUCGAACUCUCGAAAACUCUCACGCAUCAAUCCGAGCAUCUCGAACAGUCGUCUGCGCGCAUUGCCAAGCUCAAACGCGACCGAAGACUCAUCAAAUCAACAGGCUCCACUGACUAUCCCGCCAACCUCGAGGCGAACGAGCUCCUUUCCGUCACAAAUCAAAGUGCGGCGCUGGAUCCCAAGCUCAGCUCCUUCCUCCGCCUGGCACAUCGCGCUUAA